CGCUGGUCGUCCAUCUUGGAAUCAGUCGACGGUUAUUUUACACAUCAAUGGGUACAACGGAAUAAAACCACAGUAAAUUGAGCAAAAUAACAAUUUAAACCUAUCGACUUUUCAUAACGUUUUUAAAAUAAAAAAAACGACUCUCAUAAAAUGUCCAAACUGGAGUUGUUCAACGAGUAUCUUACUGAACGGCUGACUGCCGCGGCGAGAGAGAUAACGUCGGCGGUAGAGAGAACAAUAACUGACUGUCAGGACGAAAUGUCCCGUUUCAAGGAGGAGAACGAACGGUUACGACUGCUGCUGGAUUUCAAACCACAUUUACACCUCAAUACAAAAGACCCCCAACAGCUCACAGUCUCUAAAGAGGGGAUUCCCUCUGAGCAGCAGCACUGUGAACAAGACUGUCCCAGUAUGGGGCAGCAGGCCCCAGAGCCCACACAGAUUAAAGUUGAACAGGAGGAAUUUUACAGGACCAGUCAGGAGGAAGAGCUGCUUCAAGGGCUGGAGUCUGAUACCAAAGACUUCAUAACAGUCUGUGUGGUGAGUGACUGUGAGGGUAUGAACGCAAGGCAUGCACCCCACACUGUGGAGACUAGAGACGGAGGUUCACCAUUCAAUAACACAGCUGGAGGGAUCCAGACAGAGCCUGACGAUGAAGACUAUAUAGACUAUAUAGUAUCAGAACCAUCCAGUCCUGCAGCUCAGAGUGAAAACAGUGUUAACAGUGGGAGGGACACCGAUGGGGAGAGCAGGGAGCUAACGCCGGGGUCAAAGCCACGGAAAUCACAAAGAAAACGGGUGAAGAAAGGAACAAGCGUUGUUGGAGAUGCUUCUCCUUAUUGCUGCAAGCUGUGUGGGAGGACUUUUGUUCGUAUGGGUUUUUUAGUUAACCACGUGCAAAGAACACACACAAAGCAUGCUAAACAAUACUGUUGUGGUGUGUGUGAAGGAGUCUUGGACUCCAAAGCAAAUCUGACAGUCCACGUGCAAACCCACACUAAAGAGAGAAAUACUCCUCACUCUCAAUCCCUCACUGAACCAAAACCUUGGCCCAGUGCUCACUCUCAAUCCCUCACUGAACCAAAACCUUGGCCCAGUGCUCACCCUCAAACCCUCGCUGAACCAAAACCUAGGCCCAGUGCUCACCCUCAAACCCUCGCUGAACCAAAACCUAGGCCCAGUGCUCACCCUCAAACCCUCGCUGAACCAAAACCUUGGCCCAGUGCUCACCCUCAAUCCCUCACUGAACCAAAACCUUGGCCCAGUGCUCACCCUCAAUCCCUCACUGAACCAAAACCUAGGCCCAGUGCUCACCCUCAAUCCCUCACUGAACCAAAACCUAGGCCCAGUGCUCACCCUCAAUCCCUCACUGAACCAAAACCUUGGCCCAGUGCUCACCCUCAAUCCCUCACUGAACCAAAACCUUGGCCCAGUGCUCACCCUCAAUCCCUCACUGAACCAAAACCUUGGCCCAGUGCUCACCCUCAAUCCCUCACUGAACCAAAACCUUGGCCCAGUGCUCACCCUCAAUCCCUCGCUGAACCAAAACCUAGGCCUACUGCUCACCGGCAAACCUUCACAAAAGGGAUGCCUACUCCUCAACUUCAACCUGCAGCUAAACCUACUUGUCAUGUUUGUGGCAAAUGUUUCCCUUACAAUCAUAAUCUGAAACUACACAUGCGCACACACACAGGCGAGAGACCGUUCAAAUGCAAAGAAUGUGGUAAAUGUUUCCGAUCUAAGGGAUAUAUGAAGGUGCACUUGAGGAUUCACACUGGAGAGAAACUAUUCCAAUGCAAAGAAUGUGACAAAGGCUUCCCUACUAAGCAAUACCUGACCAAACACAUGCUGUUCCACACAGGGGAGAAAGCCUACAAGUGUAAGGACUGUGGGAAAGGCUUCGACCAGAGGGAACACCUUGAACAGCACCAGUCAACUCACAUAGAGGAGAAGCCAUAUGGUUGCAUAGACUGUGGCAAAUGCUUUAAAGACACUUACCAUUUGGCCAGACAUAAGCUGGUUCACACAGGGGAGAGACCUUUCACAUGCACUGUGUGUGGACGGGGCUUCAGCACCCAAGGCAACCUGAAAGUACACCAGCGGAUUCACACCGGAGAGAAACCCUACCGCUGUAAACUGUGUGGUAGAUGCUUUACAGGUUUUGCUAGUCUUAAAUAUCACUUGAACACUAUUCACCAUUACGACGGUGUCCUUUAAAUGACGUGUCUGUCAGAAGAUGACAAACCAGAGGAACAUCAUUACACCAUUGUGGCUUUAUAGUGUAUUUUUGGUGGCUGAUGCAGAACAACCGUUAGGACAUAGAAUCUAUAAAGGAAUAUGUGGUAUAAUCUCUAACACCUUGAUUAUGGUUCAACAUUGGCUGUGCAACGCAUCUGACACAACAGAUAUAUAUAUAUAUAUAUAUAUAUAUAUAUAUAUAUA